AUGGCUUGCUUAUUUACUGCUCGCAGUGGCUCCUGUGGAUGGCGACAAGUUUUGAAGCUGGGCAUUAUUAGGCCAAGAGAACAGCGCCGGCCUUGUGGAAGCGUUACCGACCGAGUGGUUCAACAUGCCAGAGCUGUGCUAUGCGCAGGGGCGAGUGCUGGAUCGCAAGGACCUGCAAUUGAGAAGAUCAUACCUCUUCAUUCUGCUGACGCGCAGUUCGUAAGGACCAUUUUGAGCCAACAUGAGGUCGUGGCUCGCCUGGUGGCCGGCGACAAAGAGGUGUCGGUGACAAGUCCAGAAGCGAACAGCAGGGCACGAUCGUAUCUAGACGCAAUGCAGCGCCAAGAAGGCAUCGCCAAUGGGCCUUCGAUAUUUCGCGAGUCUGUGGCCAACUUCGUGACACAUCGCGACGACAUGGAAACGUCACCUGACUCAAUUGUUCUGACUUCUGGUUCUUGGCCAAGUGCAAGGGCCUUGUUGCAAGUAUUGUUAGGGGCUUCUGAGGACGCUGUCGUAUUGCUACCAAGUCCUGGUCCCCCAGCCUAUCGGGAAACGUCGGCUUCCAUGGGCCAGCUCGGAGUGUCUUACUUGGUUGAUGACAACGACUGGGACAGGACCGUGUCCGAACUUGGCCAGACUUUGCACGAGUUGCGGCAGAAGCAAAGGCAUCCUAGAGCUUUGGUUGUGGCGAACCCCAGUCUGUCUGGCCGACUUAUCGCCAAAACUGCGAUCGAUGCACUGUUGGAGUUGGCACAUGGGCAAGGCCUUGCCAUAAUUGCUCAAGAGGACAAUCUCGCAACCAGGGGGCUCUCAUUUCGUAACGCAGCCAAAGAGAUUGGCCUUGCCGUUCCCGUGUUCUCAUGUUUCUCUGCGUGUGCUUACACAGGGCAAGAUGGAGGUUACAUUGUUUGCGAUUUUGUUCCACACGACAUGAUUUCGCAUUUGCAUGCUGUCGUGGACUGCCCAACUCUCAAAUCUCAAGCCUGGCUGGCAAGCUUGUUGUCGCCCUGGACAAGUCAGGAAAGUUGCUUGGACAAGGUUGUCCAGACUGCAGACAGGAACGCUCAGCUCUUGUCAAAGCUUGCCGGGGUCGAAGGCAUUCGCUGUCCGCUUGCAGAUUCCGGCGCCUAUGCUUUACCGAGAAUCAUUGUCAAGGGCUUCGUGAUGAAGAAAGCCAUCUCAUUAGCAACACCGGCAGAUCAAAUCUACUGCCUGGAGAUGGUAAGCAGGACUGGCGUCAUCGCAAGCCCUGGGAGUGGCUUUGGUCAACGGCCGGGUUUCUUUCAUUUCCGGAUUUCCUUAAUGCACAAGGAAGCUACGUUUGUUGCAGCCUUAGAGCACAUAAAGGCGUUUCAUGCAGAGCAUCCGACUGGCUGGUUUCGGUGA